AUGCCCGGGCGGCUGCUGCUGCUGCGCCGGCUGUGCUGGUGGUGGGCGCUGGCGUGGAGCUGCUGCGGCGGGUCGCCGCCUGCGCUGCCCCUCCUGCCCGCCGCGGGGGCGCUGCUGCCGCCGCCGGGCAGCCACGAGCAACAGCAGCAGCAGCAGCAGCCGCCGCCUCAGGCGCCUCCAGUGGCCGCCACCGCCUCGUCGUCCUCUUCCCCGGCGGCGGGCUUCCUCUACCGGCGCCUCAAGUCGCACGAGAAGCGGGAGAUGCAGAAGGAGAUCCUCUCGGUCCUGGGCUUGCCUCACCGGCCCCGGCCGCUGCACGGCUUGCAGCCGCCGGGAGAGCAGCAGAGGGAGGCUGCACUUCCCCGGCGGCCGGAGCCCCCAGGCCGGCUCAACUCGGCGCCCCUCUUCAUGCUGGAUCUGUACAACGCGCUGUCCUCCAGCGAGGAGGAGGAAGAGGAGGAGGAGAAGGGGAAAGGCGGCGGGGCCCGCCCGCAGGCGCCUCCGGCCGCCCAGCCUUUGCCGCGCAAGACGCUCCUGGGCGACUCCCAGCCCCCCGGCGCCUUGGCCAGCGCGCAGGACAGCGCCUUCCUCAACGAGGCCGACCUGGUCAUGAGCUUCGUCAACCUGGUCGAAUAUGACAAGGAGUUUGCACCUUAUCAGCGGCACCGCAAGGAGUUCAAAUUUAAUUUGUCUCAGAUUCCCGAAGGAGAGACAGUUACUGCUGCUGAGUUCCGAAUCUACAAAGACUGUGUCUUUGGAGGCUUUAAAAACCAGACUUUUCUGAUUACCAUCUACCAAGUCUUACAAGAACAUCAGAACAGAGAUUCCAAUCUGUUUUUGCUGGAUACCAGAGCGGUCUGGGCCUCAGAAGAAGGCUGGCUAGAGUUUGACAUCACUGCCACCAGUAACAUGUGGGUGAUAAACCCCCAGCACAACUUGGGACUCCAGAUGAGCGUGGUGACCAGGGAUGGCCUCAGUAUAAACCCCAGAGAAGCAGGCUUAAUAGGUCGAGAUGGCCCUUCUGACAAACAGCCUUUCAUGGUGGCCUUUUUCAAAGUGAGUGAGGUUCAUGUUCGAACAGCGAGGUCAGCCCCCGGCACGCACAGGCAGCAGAGUCGGAACCGUUCCACCCAGCCUCAGGAUGUUUCCAGAGUAUCCAGCAGCACAGAUUACAACAGCAGCGAUUUAAAAACAGCUUGCAGAAAGCAUGAACUUUAUGUUAGCUUCCAGGACCUGGGAUGGCAGGACUGGAUAAUUGCACCAAAGGGCUAUGCAGCAAACUACUGUGAUGGAGAAUGUUCCUUCCCACUUAACGCUCACAUGAAUGCCACCAAUCAUGCCAUUGUACAAACUUUGGUUCAUCUUAUGAAUCCCAAGUAUGUUCCUAAGCCAUGCUGUGCUCCAACGAAACUUCAUGCAAUAUCAGUCCUUUACUUUGAUGACAACUCCAAUGUCAUUUUGAAAAAAUACAGGAAUAUGGUGGUAAGAGCAUGUGGGUGUCACUGACAAGACUGACUCAAUAUGCUGUAUUUAGUAACUUUCAUCCAGUGCCUCAAACAGAAAAUCAGGUGCUUCUAGACUAGUAUCGUGCCUUAAGGAGCAAUAAGCAAAACUCCAAGGAACUCCAGCUGUACUUUACUCGCUUCUAAAGUGAUUGCACAAUGGCGGCUCUUCUGGUUUUACGACUACGGUAAUAAAAUACACCUUGCAUGAAUGGUAAAGUAUGGCUCGUAGUAAUACAGCAAAAAGGUACAGAUACACACCUGCCUGCUUUGAUCUUCAGUUCAGUUGCACUAAGCAAACACUCAUCAAAUUCUGUGAGGAUUUUCAGUGAGGAUUUUCAUGCCACAAGGACAAGAAAUGUACAAUUCAUGAGGGGGAAGAAACAAGCUCUGAUCACGUUAGCCAAACUAAGCUAUUCCAAACAUAACUGUAAAGGCAUGCAAAUUAUAUCACUUGGAUUUUCUCCUGGAAGCUCAAGCAAAAUAAAUAAAUAAACGCUGUUAACAGCAAGUUCACCUUUUGCUGGAUUCUUACAUGCCCCCCCCCCCCCCCCAGAACAAUGUAACUGAAAUGUGCCUUUGGUGCCUGAUUAUCAAGCAAAUGAUUACUCAUCCAUACCUUCUGCCUUCCCAGCAGUCCAACUGUUCACUGGAUAGCAAGAAGCUGCUUUGUAUAUUUUUUCACAAGGCAGUUUUUGUAUUACUCACUGUUGCUACUUCUGAUGACUUUGUAAAUCCUGCCACCAUAACUGCUCUCUCUUUGUAUGCCUCAAGUGAACAGCAAAAAUGCAUGUCGAACUACUCAACUGUAAAGUGGACACCUGGCUAAGUCCCUACCAUUGCCUAGUGGAUGUGCUCCAGACACGGGUUAAAAGUGAGAGUUCUCAAAACAUAAAACUUUGCGACAUCCCUGAGAUGAGAGACAAAAAUGGAUUCUCCCAAGUAAUAAAAGACAGUGUCAAAAGAAGGCUGCUAUUCGUUGCUCUCCUGUACAGUCUUGCAACAUAGAAAGAGAGAGGCAAAGUUGUGGGGCGGAAUAUAUAAGCUUUCCACUGUUGAUAGGAUGACUGAAUACUCUAGCCUAGCAGGCCACCGGAAAAAACAGACAAAUUCUGACCAGGUAGAGGUGAGGAUUGGAUUAACCUGUCUUCUUUCAUGUGUUUAUACAUUUUAAAGUGAUGCCUAUCUCUUUGAGCCAUGAUGAAUGGUUUAAUGUAUAUGAUAUAUUGCCUUAGACCUGGUUCCAUAUAAUGGAAUAUUUCCCCAAGGCAUAAAUGACAAGAAAAGUGCACUCCUCCCCCACCCCCCCUUGACUACUUGCAUUUAUAUAAGACUUAUUGUAAAUAAAUGAAAAGCUAUAAUUUAUU